GAGAUUUGAAGUUUUACUUUGUGUGUCAAAAGGAUGGAGCACUGGUGAGACUCAGAACUUAAACGAUGCGUCGUACCUAAAGUAGAAAUCUUUUAGGAGGAGACUAUUCCAUGGACUGUACUGGAUUAUUCUUUAGAACAUUUGGCUGAUAUUUUAUGAAGGGUUUUGGCUAUUGUAAAGCUUUUCAAUUUUAAGAUUUUUUGUCACCAAUAUUGAGGAACUGAGACUGGGGUAUUGUUCGCACAUAAGGAUAUCUUUCCUUUUAGAUACUGGAUCCACCAGAUUCAACAUUGUGACAAUGCCUGUGAUCGUACUAGAGGCCAGAGACUUCAGCAGUCCCAUUUUCUUGGUACGGACAUUGGAGGUCAUAUCUGGAUGUAUCACCUUCAGCCUUGUGGCCUCCCUUGAACCUCCAAAGGAUCCAUCGGACCUCCACCCAACGUUCAGGAUCUUCUGUAUGUUCAUAUGGUGCUUCUUUUUCACCCUUACGCUCCUCAUCCACAUUCUCAGCAUCAUCCAGUUUCACAGCCUUAUCCCGAUAUCCUGGAAGAACCUCACUGUGACGACGGCAGUCUUAGGUGCGCUCAUGGGUCUCAGUGCCUCUGUGGUUUUCCCCUGGAUGGUCAUAGAUCAUCAGGGGUCGUUGCAGCGUCCUGUGGCGGCUGCUGUUGCCUCGUGCAUCACCUUCCUGGCCUACUCCUCAGAGACUUGCAUCCUUCGCACCCAAGCCCAAGAACAAAGAGGAUACAUGGGCAGCAACCCUGGCCUGCUGAAGAUACUCCAACUCUGGGGAGGCUGUAACAUGAUACCCCUUGUUUUGGGGGUGGUGCAGAGCCAGUGGUCGGCAUUGGGAACACCUAGUGGAGUACUAAGUUGGCAGCUGUGGGUUUCCGCCGUGUUAUACAGCGUCUGUGUUCUCAUGUCUCUUGUCACACUUGUGGUGAUAUUAGGAGACUUCGCCGGACGAUGUUUUUUACCUUUUGACAGAUUCUUGGCUGGUUUCAGUCUGAUUGGGGUGUUCCUCUACAUGUUCGCCACAGUGAUUUGUUUUACCAAGAUCCUGCAGCUGAAAGAACCUGGAAAUAGAGCUUCCGCCCAAAUGACAGAACUUAUCAUCAUGGAAACAGUGGUUGCCAGUAUUACACUGUUAGCUUACACAGUGGACCUCGCCUUCUCUAUUAAACUGUUGUGUGACAGGAGUCAUGCAUAAAAUAACGCAUUGAAUGUAUUGCAUUUUCAGAUAGGCUAUACACUCCUGAAAAGUCAAGAAAAAAUCCUAACAGUCAAACAGUCGAUGCUUUUGCUGUUAACUAUUGCUGUGUUACCAACUUAUGUUUUAUAUAUAAAUUGCUAACUUAUACAUUUUAUACAAGUUGAUUGUACAGCAAACUUAAAGACACAAAAUUGUCGAACAAAUUACUUAACAUAAUUUAACUGACAUUUGAACAAGUAAGAGGCAGCUAUGUAUCAGGAGGUAGAGCGCGUCGUCCAUUGAAGGGAAGAUCGGCUCCUCCAGUCUGCAUGUUGUGGGACCUUGCUCCUGAAGGUUGUACAUAAGUAUUUGAGUGUGUGAAAUAACAUUUCAAUUUGACCUUGAUAUACAUUUACCUCUGACUGUAAAAAUGUCAGAGUAUUUACAAGCCCAUUACAAGACAUUUAUGGCAUAAUAAACAUGUGUAAACUGCAUAAUGACCUGGUGUAUUUUUGUGGAAGCUCAACAGCAGUCACCACUGAUAAUGCUUCAAAUAUGAAACAGUUUACUGAGGAGUAUAUGCCCUACAAAACUAAAAAGUGACACCAAAAUCUUCAGGCUAAUGACAGAUAAAACUCAUGUUAAAUCUCACAAAUCAAGCAAGUGUGAAUUUAACGAGGCUCAAUGGGAACACUUGCAAUUCACUAACACUGAGUGGUAACACUCAGUAAGAGCAUACGCCUUAAAUCACAGGACUGGGUUUGUGUAAAAUAUACCAAUUUUUAUCCUAAAGUACAAUAUAUUGCUUUUGUUUUUCAUAUAAUAACAAUGGUUUUAUUGGGAGUGUUUUCAAUUCACAUUGUAUUGAUCUGCUGAUUGACUAAACUCAUAGAAUAAUAAAAAAUAAAAAAGA